GAAGCUAGUCAGAACAAAACUCUGUUCAGUUAUAAAAGAUCUUUAAUCAACAAUGCAUCAUCAAGUGAAUAUAUUUCAACGAUCAUUGCAAAUAAACCAAUGGAAACAGUUACGGUCAAUUGCGCAGUUGAAUGUUAAGAUAGUAGAUACAAUAAAUGAUGCAAAUCUAGCAGAAGAAUGGGCAAAAGCUAAACCGUUUAGUGAAGUUCCUGGCCCGAAUAAGUUUCAACUUAUUCGAGGCUUUUUACCAGGCGGAGCCUUUCACAAAAAGUCUAUGAAUGAUUGGGCUUUGAUAAAUCGACAGCUUUAUGGCGAUCUUGUACGGGUCCCAGGUGUGUUUGGUAAAAAAGAUAUUCUACUAUCUUUCAAUCCGGAUGAUUUUCGAGCUGCAAUUCGAUCUGAAGGCAUUUGGCCAAAACGUCGUCUUCUUGAAACUUUGACUUAUCACCGAAAAGUCCACAGAAAAGAUGAAUUCGAUGAUGGUGUAGGGCUUUUAGCAACGAACGAUGAAGAUUGGGCAAAGAUUCGAACAGCUGUAAAUCCAGUUUUAAUGCAGCCUCGAAAUGCCAGAUUGUAUCUCAAUAAAAUGCUUGAAGUUAAUAACGAAUUUUUACAGAGAAUUCGUGAAAUUCGAGACCCAGAAACCUUGGAAAUGCCUGCAACCUUCGAAGAUGAACUAAAUCGUCUAACAUUCGAAUCAAUUGCUGUAGUCGCACUUAAUCAACAAAUCGGACUUAUCCGAAAAGAUCGUGAUAAUGUAGUUGCUAAAAGGCUUUUUAAAGUUCUUCGUAACUUCUUUAAUUUAGUUCUCAUGUUGGAUAUGAAUCCUUCGAUUUGGAAGAUUGUCAAGACUCCAAAGUUCAAUGAAAUGAUGAAGAAUUAUGACGAAAUGUACGAAAUCAUUAUGAAGUACAUUAAUGAAGCUCUUGCUAGAAUUGAGAAUAAUACAUCAGUAAGUUCUGAGAGUGACGAAGAGAAGAGUGUUUUGGAGAAGCUCCUAAAAAUUGACAAAAAGAUCGCUAUUGUAAUGGCUUUGGAUCUUUUGAUGGCUGGAGUUGAUACAACCAGUACAACAUUGGUAGGAAUUCUACUCUGCUUGGCUAAGAAUAAAGAGAAACAAGAGAAAUUACGUCAAGAAUUGCGGACCAUCCUUCCUCAAAAAGACUCUCUUCUAACAUUGGAAAGUAUGAAGAAUUUACCAUACCUUAGGGCUUGUAUCAAGGAAGGAAUGCGCACCUAUCCAAUUUCAUUGGGAAUAAUGCGAACUAAUGAAGAAGAAAUUCUUAUGAAUGGUUAUCAAAUUGAGAAAAAUCAAGACAUAAUGCUUUGCAAUAAUUUGUUACUUAUGGAAGACAGAUAUAUUCCCAAUGCAAAAGAAUUUAUUCCAGAAAGAUGGGUGCGUGAUGAAAAAGCUGAUCAUGGAACUAUUGAUCCAUUUUUGUUUGUUCCUUUCGGACAUGGUUCUAGAAGUUGUGUGGGAAGGAGACUUGUUGAAUUGGAGUUGGAAAUCACAAUUACAAGAUUGGUUAGAAAUUUCAAUAUUGAAUUUAAUUAUUCGGUAGAGAAUGCUUUUAAAAAUCAUUUGAUUAAUGUGCCAGCUAUUCCACUAAAGUUUAAAAUGAGUGAGUUGGAAAAUUAAGCUUUGUUUGUGAUAUACUUACAAAAAAAAAAUGAAAUUAUAAUUUUUAACUAAUUAAGAUUAAUGAUAGAAAAUAUGGAGGAAGUGUAGAAAAAUUU